UCUGGUUUUUUGUUGCUAUUAGGUGAAUGAUUCCUGCACGUGAUUUUUUUUAUUUUUUUCUGGGGCUGAGUGCAGAUAACUGGAGAUAUUUUUUCUUGUGACUUAAGUGUAGAAAACUAGUGGUGUACAUGUAUUUCUACCAGGAUUCCAGUGUAUAGAGUUUUUAUUGCCCACAGCUCCACUGAUAGCAUCAUUUCUUAUACUUGAAAGAAGGUUAAUUAGAGAAACGUUUAUAGAAUGUCAUUUCUUCUACUUUCUGAGGAGAGACCUGGGUUGCCAAAAUGGCAGUAAAUGUUAAAACAGAACCACCCGGGAUAUUUUCUUGCAUCAACGUCAACGUAAUGGACGAUGAUAAAGAAAAGUCAUUUCAGAUGCGCAAAACAAUGAUGAAAAAAGAAGCCAUGGACCCAAAAUUUCGCAAAGAGUUGAAAGUGGAUGUAGGAGCUGGAAACUUUCAAAACAUGAUGGAGUACAGGGAGGCUCCUGUCAGUCCUGGGGCAUCCAGUGUCCACAGCAUGGACAAUGGAGGGAUGGACAAUUUGGGCUCACCCACCACUCCAUCCUCACCCACUCCAGCCCCAGUAGAAAUUGCUGAUGAGCGUCUGCCAAAUGAGCUGCUGGAUGAAAUUUGUGAAGACAUUGGAAUGAAAGAGGGAAUGGAGCUUGAUUUUGUGGAAUUCCUCAUGGAGCAAGAUAUGGUGGAUCCCCAGGUAUACAUGACUCCAGAGGCCAUAAGGAACACACUGUCUUCAGUGGCUCCAACACCAGCAGCACAUCCUCACAGUAGUCUGACUUCAGUCCCAGCUUCACAAACUCAAGUGACAUCUACUCCAAAGAAUAGUGAAUGGACAUCCAGAGGAUGCAGCAGUCCAACAACUACUUACUCUGUGGCCUCCAGCACAAACUGUACAGUAGCCACUUCCAGUGGAUCAAGCAGUCCUGUAGCAAAGAGGUUCCAUCAUUCUACAUCAGGGCCUUCAAGUCCUGUGCGGACCACUGCUCCUCCACUUUCCCCUCAUGGAGGAGUCUUCAAAGCACCGCCCACUCCACCUACACCUAGACGUUCCUCUCAGUCUCAACAAAGUGUUGCCUCACCAAGUAUAUCAAGUACUGUAGGGCCACAGGUACAGAGACCCUACUCUCCAGCCAGUGUGCCUUCCUCCCCCUCACAGAAAUCCAUGCCACCUCAAUUUCACCAAUCUCAGUCACAGACACAGAUGGCCCCACCUAAGUCUAUCCCACCACACAUGCAAAGGCAGAAUAGCCAACACAACUACCAGAGACUGGGGAGACCAGCCCCUCCUAAUGUUAACAUACAGAACAUGCCCCAGCAUCAGAAGUGGACAGGUCCACCUAAUGGUCAGAUGCCGAAUGGCAUGAUGGGAAAUCAGCCGUGUUCUAUGAACAAUAUGGGGUAUCCUGCAAAUCAGCAGUUUCAGAGGUCAAUGGAAUCAUGUGACAAUGGAUAUUAUUCAGGGGAUACAGCCAGUGUGAGGAGUUAUGGGUCAUCAUCAGUAUCAUCAACUGUCCCCUCCUCUGCCUCGUCUGCUCAGACUGCCAUUCACAAUCAAAACUUCAACAACCGACAGACACUGCAGAACAUGCCUCCUCAACAACAAAAAAAUGUACACUUUAGUGAUCUGCAGGGACAUCACCAAAAUGGGGUGUCUAUCCAGAGACAGAACUCGGCAGGGUACAAUCAGGGCUAUGAGUCCAGUGACUGUGAUUUAGAGAAUGAGUUUAGUCAGAGAAAUGUGCCAUCAAAGAUCAUGCCUCGACUAACACCUUCCAUGAAACCUGAUAUUGCUCCAUAUAUGGUGCCUGGCAAUAACAAUGGUUCCAUGAGUCCUUAUGGAGACUACUCCAGAGGAAGCAAUAGUCGACCAGGCAGUGGCGAGAAUCCAAUGGUUUCUAUGCAAAAUGACUAUUUUUCACAAAAGCCUAGUGAAAUGUUUAAUGUGGAUGAUAAUCAGAAUUCAAUGCACAUCAACAAUUAUAAUAAUUCUAUGCAACAUCCACAACAAAGUGAGAUUCAAGAAUCUGGCUACAGACCUUCUUGUUCAGGAGGUGCUCCUAUAGGAAUGCAGCCUCUGAGGCAUUUUGAUGGACCUGGACCAAACUGUGGCAUGCCACAAGGAGAAGCAUUAGGGGACCCCAUGUAUAUGGACAGAACGGAUGCAUACAAAAUAGCAAUGGGAUAUUGUGAUAAUCAGUAUGAACCACAAGGCCAGAAUAUGAACAACAGCUGUAUGAAUAUGGACCAAAAAAUGGGCCCAGGUAUGAUGAAUCCUAAUCAGGGAUACCCAGGUGAAAAUUACUGUCAAAAUCCUAUGCAAAAUAAUGGACCACGUGGCAUGCCUAUGCAGAAUCCUCACAUGAUGGGAGGUCCACCACAGGGAAAUAUGACUGGUGGUUAUGAACAAAGUCAAUACAACAAUCGUAUGCAAUCAAGUGCCAAUAUGAACAAUUCAAUGUAUUCGAAUCCACAAACGCCGAUUAGUGCUGAAAACUUACAGUGUCAGAACCCUGGAGUGAAUGGACAGAAUUGGGUUGGACCCCAAACUCCAGGAAUGCAAUCCAAGCCACCUCAUCAAGGGAUGGCUCCAGGAAUGAACAUGCACCCACAGCAGGGCAUGCAGACCCCAGGGUCCAGCCCCAUGCCCCCUUGCACUCAGCCAAACUGCCAGAGCUGUAAAACUGGAUCACCUCACCGACCACCUAUGUUGGCAUCCCAGCAGACUUUCAUUCAACAUCUCAUUUCUGAUCGUUCUAAUGCCUUCCGCUCUCAUCCUCUCUUUCCUUUACUUCGAGAUCUCAUCAUUGCAGAUAUGAACUUCUGUUCACCAAGUUUUCCUUACCAACUCAUUAGUAAUUUACCUGCUGACUUUGACAAGCUGUUGCAGAAUUUUCUAUCUCGGAACCCACCUUCAGGAACAUAUCAGGGCAAUUUCGCAAUAGAGAGUGUUAUUAUGGAUGCUCUGAAGUAUGCUCAUCACUGCCUUAUAGAGAAAAUUCGGGAUAGACAAGAACAGGACAAAGUGACCAAAAGCACAUCUAAAUCAUUGAGUGCCAUUGAAGAGUUCUGUGAGAAGUUUGACCGCUCAGUUCGGCAAAACAUCAUCAAGCCAGCAACAUUUCAGUUGCCAAACCACAGUGGAGGGGUGAGCUCAUCAUCCAUGCCCGGCCAACCAAUGGGAGGGAAUAUGACCCCCACCAUGGGUACCCCCACAAAGGACCACAAGUUUAGCAGCAUGGAUGGCAUGAUGAUGCAGGGGUUAUUUGCUUCACCGAAUGCAAAGAAAGGCCUAGAUCUGAGUGCCAUUUGUUCUCCACAUUUCAAGUCACUGAAGGAUUUGGCAGAUUGCAGCGACUCUACUAGUAUUGUCAGCAGCAGUAGCAACCAUGGAAAGUCUGAGUCUAAAAAACAUCCAAGUCUGCCAAAAGAGGCUGUAGCCAUUAUGCUAGAAUGGUUAAGACAACACAAAGACAACCCAUAUCCCAACGAUGAUGAAAAGGCCAUGCUAAUUAAACAAACAGGACUGACUAUAAAUCAAAUUAAUUACUGGUUCACAAAUGCCAGGAGAAGAAUUCUGCCUAAAUGGGCCCAACAGUGUAAGUGAACAGGAUUCUGCCAUUAAAUGCCCAGUUUCUGGAGUAAGUGGCACAGAGUUCUGUGAUUCCUGGAAAAUUGUUACAUAUCACAAAACAGUGCCUGACGUUAUAGUCCAAGGGGAGUAACUCUUGAAACUUACUGGGAGCAUCCCUGGUGAACAGAGCGGACAUUACACAUCAGCAUUUUGAGAUAGUAUUCUUGGAUAACUUGUGAAAUGUGUUCAUUGUCCAUGACAAUUCUGGUUAGUGCUUUGUUUACAAAUCUAUUUAGAGUAUUAUUUUGUGAUGUCCAAUAUUGAUAUCAAAGCCAUGUUAUGCUAUGCACAGAAGUUAGCAUUACUUUUCUCUGUGAUUUUAGAUGGUCCUGCAAGGACUUUUAUUCUGUAAUAAUUGUGUCCUAAGGACUAGUAACAUUAACUUAUUCAUAGUUUUAGGGGGGAAAAAAAGCUAUUACCAAAGCUUUAUGCAUAAACUUUACCAGUGUAAGCAAUAAUUGGUGUUUUUUAUGUAAACUUCUUUAAGCUUUUAGAGAGGAUUUUAUUCUGUAUGUUAUAUUUAUAGUAAUUUUUUUUUUAAUUUUUAUUUAAUAUUUAGUACCUUAACUAGAAAGGACACAAACUCAGAGAGCUCAUAGUUUCAGUGUUGCUGUCUGAAUUUUAUACUGACUUUUUUGAAAGUGGCCUUCAUUCAAUUUUUAUUUUCACCCAUUGAAACAAAUAUAUUAACAACCAGAGAGAUCAAAGUGUAUAUACCUUAAUACAACAAAAACGUGCCAAACUGUCUCCUGUUUGUCUGAUAUUCCACGAGAAUUUGGUGCACUUUGUAAUACUAGUAUGUAGGUAUAGCUAUAAGAAUACUCAUUUUGUCUUUUGUUUUAGUUCUAAGAUAUUGAUUAUAGUAAAUUUUUAAGCAACUUUCACCUGACCAUUUUUAAACUCAUCAGGGGGAUGUGACAUCCUCUGGGAAAAGUCAUGAAAUAAUGUUCCUGAUUCUCUUUACUUUUGCUUGAUAUACCUGUACAAAUGUAGAGCUCUUGUUGUCAGAUUCUGUAACUUGUCGGAUCCUCUGUUUUUUGCUGGUUCUCUUUCCUUCCUUUUUUUUUUUCUUGAAGAUUUCCGCUGUAAAGUUUGUAUAUAGUGUGUGUUCAGUGGAAUCAUUAUGUUAUGAAUCAAUUGUUUAUCUUACUGAGAGGUUUAUUGAAAGAGUUUAAUCACAGUUUUAUAUAUCAUACAUGUUCAUGAAUGAUUGGCACCUGAAAUUCCACUGGCCAGUGUGUGUUGUUUAGAAUUUUUUAAAACAUUUUUUACAGCAGUAUUAAUGAAGGUAGAACAUUUUUCAGUUGUCUUUUUAUUUUGAUACUGGAAUAAUUGCUGCAUUUUAUAAUCUUUCAGAAUUUUUUUUUUUAGAAAUCGGUAUCAUCAAUAAGCUUUAGUAGAUAAGGAGAUGUUAAAAUAAAAACUAGGAUUUUGCAAGUACAUGUAUUGAUGAACAAAAUAAUUAUGCUGUACCAAAGAUCUUCAGAGGAUUACUUUGUUUUAAGCUUUAAGUUUAUGACAAAAUUAUCUGUGUUACCUUUGUACAAGUGAUUCAUUCCAGUAUGGUUUUAAUUUCAUCAAAAAGUUGUAAAGUGUACAAUUACCUCACUAGAACAGAUAGAGACAUAUCAUUUACAAACCUGAUCAAUUAUUCUUUCUUUAAGUAAAAUUAGUUGUGAUAAAUCUUUGGUAAAAUAUAUUUCAAAUUUCAUUCCAGUAAACUUUCUAUAUAAAAGUUUUAUAACAUUUUAUAAAAGUUCAAAAACCUUUUAUAUAUGUGCCCAGGUGCAUAAUUUUUUCUCAAGUUCUUGAUAUUUCAUUCAGUUUGGUUUAAAUCUGUAAUCACAUGUGGCAGGUCACAAAAAUUUUUCUUAUCAAAAAAUUAAUGUUAAGAAUUUUUUUUAUAUUUUUUUAAAACAACUGAUUUUUGUACGCCCGUCUGAAGACGGGACGUAUUAUUUAAGUUAUGGACUGUGCCUUGAUCUUACAUUCACUUUUAAUUCUGAUAUUUUACUCUAACAUGUAUAUGAUAGGUUGUAUCCAUGCAGCAUGUAAAUAUUGUGCCUUAUAACAUGCUAUUAAUAGAUGUAAAAGGUGUUUACCAAUAUGAAAAUGCUUUAGAAUAUGUCAACUUUUUUUUACCUCAUUAAAAUUGUGAUGUUGAUUUAA